UCUUCACAUCACUCCAUUGGCUGCGGCGGAGGGGGCGGAGAGGGGAAGAGAAACGCCGCCGGGGGUGGUGGAGAGGGGAAGAGAAAUGCCGCUGGAGGUGGUGAUUUAAAGAAGUUUCGCGUAGGUGGUGGCGGAGAGGGGAAGAGAAAUGCUGCCGGAGGUGGAGAUUUAAAGAAGUUUUGCGUAGGAGGUGGCGGAGAGGGGAAAAGAAACGCCGCCGGGGGUGGCGGAGAGGGGAAGAGAAAUGUUGCCGGGGGUGAAGAUUUAAAGAAGCUUCGCACAGGAGGUGGCGGAGAGGUGAAGAGGAACGCCGCUGGAGGGGGCGGAGAAGUGAAGAGGAAAGUAGAAAGAGAUCUACGGGAAUGGUUCAGGUCCGGCGAUGAGUCAGCAAUGACAAGAAAUGGAUGA